UUCAAACCAAGUCUUAAAAAAACUAAAGCUUUCUUCUUUCUGCUAUCUGUUUUCUUCUCUAAAAUGGGCAUUCAACUAAUGGGAUUAGCUCAUGCAAAACAAAAGCUCCAGCGAACACUUUCAGGUAGAAAUGGGAAUGCAGCAUUGGGAACAUUGAAUGUUCCUAAAGGCCACAUUGCAGUUUAUGUCGGGGAAGGCAACCGUCCGACAAGGUUCGUGAUUCCGGUGUCGUACUUGAAUCACCCUUUGUUUCACGACCUGUUGAAUCGAGCCGAGGAAGAAUUCGGAUUCCACCAUCCAAUGGGUGGCCUUACAAUUCCAUGCAGCGAAGAGUACUUCAUCAGUCUAACUACAGUAUUAAAUUGUUCAUAG